CUCUCCAAAUCUCCCAACGCGAAAUGUCCUAGAAACCAAACAAAAACAAUAAAAACCCCAAGCCCGCGAAUGUUCCAAGAAACGGCGCCGUGUUGGUCGGACAUGGCUCAGUCGGCGGCGUCGGCUCCGUGGACUCGGUUUGAAGACAAGUUGUUUGAGCAGGCGCUGGUCAGGUUCUCCGACGACUUGCCCGAUCGGUGGGAGAGGAUCGCCGAAGAGGUACCGGGCAAGACUCCUAAAGAGGUUUUGGAGCACUACGAGGAUUUGGUGCACGAUGUGUUGGAGAUCGAUUCCGGCCGGGUCAAUGUGCCGAGUUAUGCUGAUGAGUGCUGGGACUCGGCCGGUCAGAUCACUUUUGGGUCCAAGGUCAAUAAGCAUGGCGAGCCUGAGAGGAAGAAGGGAACUCCUUGGACUCCACAAGAACACAAGUUAUUUCUAAUCGGACUAAAAAAGUUUGGUAAGGGCGAUUGGAGGAGUAUUUCAAGGAAUGUGGUUGUGACAAGAACACCAACCCAAGUAGCAAGCCAUGCCCAGAAGUAUUUCCUUCGCCAAACAGUGAAAAAGGAAAGGAAAAGAUCAAGCAUUCACGACAUAACCACUGUAGAGAGUAACUCGGUACCAGUGCCUGCUGAUCGCAAUUGGAUUCCUCCACCUGCAGAUCUAACUCACCAGUCUCCAUUGCAACAGUUGACCCCGCAGAGUCAUGUGCCUGAUCAGGGGGGUUUGUUGAGGUACCAAGACUUUGGCUAUCCGAUGUAAAGAUGCAUUACGAUCUCAUGCUGCACACUCUGUAUAUAGAGAAAUUGCCUGCUAUGAACAGUACAGUUUGUAAAGUCGUAUAUUUUUUCGUUCUUUUAGCCGGUAGACGAUUAGGAGAGUUGUAUAGUGAAAUUGACAGUUUAGGUUCUGUUUUUCUUAUGUGAAGGGAAACAGAUAUGUAGGAUAUACUCUUAUUGGUUGAUUCAAAAGUAGCUUAAACAUUGGCUUUGGUACUAA